CAGUUUCCCCUUCGAUCGAGCUCGGCGCAUCACUUCAGACACACUCGCAAUGUCGUCGUACGAGCUGCCCGCCAACGCCAGCGAGGACGUGCUCCGAGGCAAGAUAGUCGCUGCGCAAGGCUACCUGCGUUCGCUUAACUUGUCCAACUGCGUCGUAGCGGAACCAGCGUCCCUGUUGUCACUCGUCUCCGACAUGAAAAGCCUCCAAACCCUCUCGUGCAUUGCGUGCCCUCUGAAGGCUAGCCUUCUUCUGGAUCGACUACUGAACUCUUUGCCGAAGGUCACGCAGCUACAAUUCUCACUCGUCGACACAGAGGAUGGCGCCAAGGAAGAACUCUUGAAGAUCAAGCACUUGAAAAACGUGCAAGUGCGUAAGGACACCAUGGUCUGCAAGAUGUACGUCGAGGUCGCGGGCGAUCACAACGUGCAGCUGCUGCGGCAGUUCCUGGAUUACUGUCCGCUCCUGAAGGACUUGCACAUUCACUUCCUGCGUGAAGUUAGUGCAGACCUCUGCGCGAUGACGUGUACAACGACCACCGAAAACUUGCAGAACCUCGAGACCUUUAAGUGUACCAGCGAGGCACUCUUCACGACGCAGUCAGCCCACGGGGAGGUGUUGGACUUGCGUUAUUGCAUUAACCUUCAAGGGAACGUGGUGUUCAGGAAGAGAUCACAGGGCUUUAACUGCGUCCAGCUGCGAAAUCUGGCCUUCUUGCCCAAUGCUGUGUUCCCAGAUGAGCCUGUCGUACUUGCAGCCUUCGAUACACCGGAUAUCGGGAGGCAGUUCCUCAUUGCCGGCAUACAGCACAACUGGAGCCACAUACGCAGCCUGUGCAUGCUGCUGUACGCCCGGAACCCUGAGCGAACCGAGUACCCGACCAUCAGCCCUAGACACAGCGCGACCCUCCGCGACUUUUUCGCUGCGCUUGUCAACCUCGUUGAGCUCAACGUCAGCUCCUUUCACUUCGAGGACGGUUUCGACAUAACGGUGACGCUAGACGCGCCCGCCCUGCAGCGCCUUCGAGCUCUGUCCCUACCACCCUGUGGCCUGCACCCGAAAGGCGCCGUGCGGCGGCUCGCCCUCGGGCUCGACGACAUCGAAGACCUGGACAUCCGUAUCAACUUGGACGGUCGCCACAAGCGUUGCGUUUCGUGCGACAGCGAUCUGACAAUCGAACCUGAGGAUGCCAGCGUGUUUGUCAUCGAGUCCGGCCGUCUUACGUUGAGCAACGUGCCAAGCUUGCUUUCUUUGGAGUUCCUUCGGUGCUUCUGGGUAUGCCAUGUGCGCUUCAUCGACGACUCUGACAAGCCGCGUUUCGACUUCAGGGCUCUGUCCAACGCCCUGUGCUCCAGUAGAACACUCCGCUCUCUCGUCGUCAGGAUGGCCUUCAUCGACUUCACCGAGCAGUCCUUCGAGACUUUCCUAUGCCCUGGGAGCGCUUUGGAACGACUAUGCCUGCUCACCAGGACUAGGCUGCCCUCAUCGAGAGCGCAGAUGGUCGUUGAAGGCAUGGCCAGCCAACUGCCAUCCAUAUUCUACAUCCACAUCCACUACGUGGAUAUCGAUACGGGCUCGAAGACCAGCAUGACGUGGAUUCGUCGACCCGAAGGCGAAGCGACGGACCCAUCGCCGCCAGGAAUUGUGAUGUCAGGGAAGCCCUGCAUCAUGUGCUCUACACAGACCUUCACGGCCCUCGCGAAGCCGCUCUACCGUAAACUGCAGUAGAACAGGCAGCACGUACGACGCCCUAAAUUCGGCAGCUGCAGCGUUGAGACCUCGCUUUUAGGUAUACACUUUUAUGUUCUUAGACUGAUGUGCGUCUCGAAAUCUCAUUUAUGUGUCUGUGCCCUUAUGUGUCGACCUCGUGUGUCUUUUGUGUGCACGUGUCUCGUGGGUCUACAUGACAUUCGCUUGUUAUCAUCAACUGGCGAUUUUUCGAACAUCAAAUAAAUUUUAUUGCUCCACCC